CGAAUUUCUCCAAACUGCACGAGUAUAGCAUACAGCGACGCGAGGGCUCUGUUGGAGGAAGUCGCAGAUAAUAAGCCGCUGCAGCAUUCCUAGACGCUAAUCUGUGGUGGCCGUCGGUCCAUAACUUUGGUGUUGCCAGUCAAGGAUCUGCUGUUCCGUUCUUUGAGAUUGGUGAUUUUUCGCAUAAUUUAGCAGACCAAAACCUGUUCCAAGAUGUCUGAAGCUGAAACAGUCAACGUUGAGGCACAACCUGAAAUCAUGCCCAGUCCCAAAAAAGAAAAGCAAGCUGCAAAUGAAGAAAAUAAAGAAAAUGGAAACGCUCCAUCAGAGGUAAAAGAACAGCUUUCCAAAGAGUCAGUAGAAUCUGCUAACGGAGAACAGGAAAAACCCACAGAGCCGAUGCCAGCUGAAUCCAGUGAAUCUGCCCCAGAAUCUGCAGAAUCUACCACGAAAUCGACAGAAUCCGCCCCUGAAUCUGCAGAAUCGGCCCCACCAGCAGAAUCGGCCCCUGAAUCUGCAGAAUCGGCCCCUGAAUCUGCAGAAUCGGCCCCUGAAUCUGCAGAAUCGGCCCCACCAGCAGAAUCGGCCCCACCAGCAGAAUCGGCCCCUGAAUCUGCAGAAUCGACCCCUGAAUCUGCAGAAUCGACCCCUGAAUCUGCAGAAUCGGCCCCUGAAUCUGCAGAAUCGGCCCCACCAGCAGAAUCGGCCCCACCAGCAGAAUCGGCCCCUGAAUCUGCAGAAUCGGCCCCUGGAUCUGCAGAAUCGGCCCCUGGAUCUGCAGAAUCGGCCCCUGGAUCUGCAGAAUUGGCCCCUGGAUCUGCAGAAUCGGCCCCACCAGCAGAAUCGGCCCCUGAAUCUGCAGAAUCGGCCCCUGAAUCUGCAGAAUCGGCCCCACCAGCAGAAUCUGCCCCUGAAUCUGCAGAAUCGGCCCCACCAGCAGAAUCCGCCGCCCCUGAAUCUGCAGAUUCGGCCCCACCAGCAGAAUCUGCCCCACCAGCAGAAUCUGCCCCUGAAUCUGCAGAAUCGGCCCCACCAGCAGAUUCCGCCGCCCCUGAAUCUGCAGAAUCGGCCCCACCAGCAGAAUCCGCCGCCCCUGAAUCUGCAGAAUCGGCCCCACCAGCAGAAUCCGCCGCCCCUGAAUCUGCAGAAUCGGCCCCACCAGCAGAAUCUGCCCCUGAAUCUGCAGAAUCGGCCCCACCAGCAGAAUCUGCCCCUGAAUCUGCAGAAUCGGCCCCACCAGCAGAAUCUGCCCCCGAAUCUUCAGAAUCGGCCCCACCAGCAGAAUCUGCCCCCGAAUCUUCAGAAUCGGCCCCACCAGCAGAAUCUGCCCCACCAGCAGAAUCCGCCCCUGAAUCUGCAGAAUCGGCCCCACCAGCAGAAUCCGCCGCCCCUGAAUCUGCAGAAUCGGCCCCACCAGCAGAAUCGGCCCCUGAAUCUGCAGAGCGUACUGUGGAGUCGGCACCAGCCGAGCCCAAGUCAUGAAGUAUUUCAUCAUUAACUGAGGGUAGCCAUCUGCUAUCAACUGAUAGUCGACGAAAAGAAGCGCCUCUAUUUAUCAAGGAUAUUUAUAUUGUGACUUGAAGCUUGUGUAUUUACUAUUUAUUUACUCUAACACAUGGCUUUGUUCCCCCUAAAGAAAAAAUGCUUUAUUAAAAGAAAGCAAAAUAUA